UCCCACGUCUUCUCUAACUUGUCUUCCUUUUCCUGAGUGCUGGUGUGUAUGUAGCAAGCUACGAACUUGACCGCAGCAAAAUGUUCAAUUUCGGAUCAAAAAUACUUGUACUUUUUCUCGUGGCUUUCCCAUGUGGGCUGAUAUCCUUCGGCCGAGUAUCUGCAGACUCUGAGUCUGCGGAGGACAUUUUCCCGGAUUCAACAGUCGAUGAGGAUGAGGAGGAGGAAGAGGAUGAGGUGCUGGUGGAAGAAGAUCAGGUCCCAGGCUCAGAAACAGAAGAUGACAUAGAUGAAGAUGCUGCAGUUGGAGAUGUAACCUCUCACCCUGAUGCUGACACCACCAUUGUCUUUGUGACUGGGGAAGAGUUCCCAGCCAAUGAGAUUGUGAAGUUCCUGGUGGGUUUCACCAACAAGGGAAGCCAGGAUUUCACUGUCCAUUCCCUGGAGGCCUCCUUCCGUUACCCUCAGGACUUCCAGUUCUACAUCCAGAACUUCACAGCCUUGCCCCUGAGCACUGUGGUCCAGCCCCAGAAGCAGGCCUCCUUUGAGUACUCCUUCAUCCCUGCUCAGCCUAUGGCUGGUCGUCCCUUCGGCCUGGUUAUCCUACUCAACUACCAGGACAGUGAGGGCAACGGUUUCCAGACGGCCAUUUACAACCAGACCGUCACUAUCGUUGAGCUGGAGGAGGGAUUGGAUGGAGAGACAAUAUUCAUGUAUAUCUUCCUGACUGGAUUGGUUGUCUUGGCGGUCUUUGGCAUGUACCAGGUGCUGGAGUCUAGGACGAGGAAGAGGUUCCCUGUGAAGGUGGAGACGGGCACUGGUGGGAUGAACGGUGUUGACAUAAGCUGGAUUCCCCAAGAGACCCUCAACAUCAUGAGCAAGGCAUCGGCAUCCCCUAAAGCCUCCCCAAGGAAACGCACCAAGAGAGCGGUGGGAGUAGAUCAGUAAACCAUUCCAUGAUGUGGCCGUCUUCAUAUCAAUGUCCACCAGGCCCAUGUUCAAGGCCCAUGACAUCACAACCGUCAACACCAUCAACCUCUGCUCAACCUCUGGGUGGACCUAGUUAGUUAUCCAAGAGCUUUUCGCCGCUGAUACAUAGGCAUACACAAAAUGUCUCAAUGUCAAGGGUUCUUGGACUGAAGACACUGGUGUCACAAAUGUGUCCCAUUUAGACACCACUCUAGUUGGACAUGGUCAUAAUUGUGCAUAUUUGGCCCACAUUUAGUUUAAUAAAGGAACUUGUUUUUUAUCACUGUGUGGUUGAAACACUAACGGACUGAUAUGAGACUAAAGACUGAGUAAUUGAAUCACCAUGCCAGCUCCAUGAAAGACAUGGGGAAGACUUGGAGUUUUAGACCUGCCAAAGAAAGCAAUAAUGCUACACCAAGUAUUUCAAUCAAUCUUUUUUCUUUUUUUUACUUUUACAAAUGUAUUUAAAUACUUAAAUUCCUGAAGUAUUACGAUAUUGAGCUUUUAGUUCUAUUUUAUUCUGUGCCUUAGUGGCUGACUCCCUGUCUGCACGGUCAGGAAUUGAGAUAGUGACCAAAAGGGUCUCCCAAGUUCCUCCAAGGGAAAGUUUUCCUUAAUGUGGACCAGGUUUUUCAGUGUCAUACUUUGGAAUAUCAUAAAGAUGCUUUGAAAGGCUCAGCGAAGAGAAUUUCAAAAGAAAAGGCCAUCAGCUACCAGGUUACAUUGUUAAAUGUGAAUGAUACAAAUGCAUUUGAAAAGGUACUUGCUUUCAGAGUCCGGUUUCAUUUUUUCCCAAACCAUACUACAAUAAAUGUAACUGGUUGAA